CAACUGUCAGUCAGAUGUCAAAUUCAGACCGUCAUAACAAAAUAAAUUGCUUAAAAAUCUUUCAGUAAAAAAAACAGCAAAAAAUAAUUCAACGUUUGAUUAAAAUAGGAGAUUUCACCUGUGCCGAACAAAACACCACCAAAACUUGCCGGAACCUUCGUUCAGCGAGCAUGGGCAGUCUAGAGGAAGCUUGCAUUACCGGAUUUUUGUGCCGGUUGUGCUCCCAAAUUCAUCGAUCGGUCAUUUUUAUCUACGGUGCGGAAGGAAAAGAACAUAAAUUAGAACAGAAAAUCAACAACUAUUUGCCAGUAAAGAUUGCACCCACCGACCCCUUGCCAAAAACGGUCUGCGAAGGAUGUAUGAAGAAAGUGAUUCAGCACCACGGAAUGAUUAAGAAAAUCGCCGAAACUCAGAAGAAAUUUAAAAAGAUGCGAGAAGAGGAGAUGCUGCUACGCCAACAGCUGAACCGACACAACGCAGAGCAAGCUGCCCAGCAGCAACAGCAACUACAACAACAACAGAACCAGAGCGGUACCGUUCCUACCACCGGAGGAAGCAGCGGAAGCAGUGGAACCAACAGCGCAAGCUCAACCGGUCCAAGAUCGUCAACCGUAGCGCCCACAUCAACUGCCGCGGCGGCGGCACCAGCCGGUAGCACAAGCCGGCCUUCGUCUACCAUCAGUCCAAACCUGAACCGUCGAAUAACGAGGUACGCGCUGCGGAUUCAUCGCCAGUUGAACAACGACGUAAACAAUUACGAAAACAUGUCGUCGUCGUCGGAUUCGAACAACUCCGAAGACGACAGCGAAAGCGACGAUGGAAACUGAAAAAAAAACUGAGCAUCGGAGUGAGAAAUUGGCACAUGACAACAAUGAUUUUCUUCUUAAAUUUUUAGUUUAAUACGGACUGAAUCAUUUCUUACGACAAACAAAUAAAAGCAAACAUUUUGUGAAGUCUCUGACUGGCACUCCACUAAAUCGAACUUUCUUAUUUGUUUGAACUCGAAUUCAGCCCAAUAACAAGCAAUCGGUUAUUGCUUUUAACUGUGUACUUUAGGCUGAACUAAUGUGGAAUAAUUAUGUAUAAGUAUUAUAAUUAUACUAUUUCGUAAAUAAA